AUGGAGAGCAAUGGCACUGGUAACGCUGUGUCAACAGAAGACAUCUGGACCUGGGUUUUGAGAAACCCCAACACCACUGCUGGAUUCUACGUGACACAGCACUCGAAAUCGAGCUCAAGAGCUGUCACAGACUUCUCGAUCUAUCUCCAAACAUCAUUAGGUCCAAUCACCGUCCCAAAUGUUCAACUCAACGGCCGCCAGAGCAAGAUUGUUGUCACAGACUAUCAUUUUGGAAAACACACUCUGCUAUAUUCGUCUGUCGAUAUUCUGACAUAUGGCUUGUUUGACAAAACAUCAGUCCUUGUGCUAUACCUUGAGGCUGGCCAAGUUGGUGAAUUUGCGUUUCCUGGAAACAUCUCCAUCGUAUCAUAUGGCAAAACGAAUGUCACAGCAUCUCGCGUGAAGGCUAACAAUACCUCGGCUUACACCAAGUUUGUCUACAACCAAGCCAUUGGCAAGACCGCUAUUCAAUUGUCGAAUGGUGUUAUGAUGUAUCUCUUGGACGUGUCGACAGCUUGGUCGUUCUGGGCUCCAGCCACUACUUCGGACCCUAAUGUCGCAGCAAACGAGCAGAUAUUUGCCAUCGGCCCAUAUCUCGUUCGAAAUGCCAGUGUCAGCAGUAAUAUCGUCUCUGUCCAUGGCGACAACACCAACUCAACCAUACUCGAAGUUUUCGUUGGUGAUGCAAAUGUUGACACUAUUGCCUGGAAUGGCGAAAGGCUUGCUACGAAGAAAACAGUGUAUGGCGCUCUUACAGCCGAUCUCACAAGCGUCCUUGACCGCAAGGUAACCAUCCCAACUCUGUCUGGCUGGCAAGUAGCCGACUCUCUACCCGAAAUGGCAAGGGACUACGACGACUCGUCCUGGACUGUAUGCAACAAGACAAUCACACUGGCCCCAGUGAAGCCACUGUCGCUUCCUGUUCUUUACAGUUCAGACUAUGGUUACUAUUCUGGCAUGAAAGUAUACCGUGGCUACUUCGAUGGCGAAUCCGCUACGUCAGCCAAUUUGACAGCCCAGGGUGGCUUAGCCGCAGGUUGGAGUGCCUGGUUGAAUGGCAAACUCGUCGGCGGCCAUCCAGGUAAUGCUUCACUCUUGUCAACAUCAGGGGUGCUUGACUUCUCUGGGGCAAAACUCUACGACAAGGAUAAUGUGCUAACAGUGGUAACUGACUAUACCGGUCACGACGAAACAUCUACUGGCAAAGGUGCUGCAAACCCUCGAGGUCUGUUAGGUGCAGUCCUCAAAAGUUCUGGCAAUGCUACUGCCAGCUUCAAGCAGUGGAAGAUCCAGGGAAAUGCUGGUGGAUCUGCCAAUAUCGAUCCAGUCAGAGGACCUCUGAAUGAAGGUGGUCUGUAUGGAGAACGUCUUGGAUGGCACCUCCCAGGCUUCCAACCCUCUGGUGACAAUUGGUCUGUCGGCUCUCCUGCUGAAGGUCUCAACUCUAGUGGCAUCAAAUGGUAUUUGACCACAUUCGAGCUCGACAUCGACUCGGACCUAGAUGUUCCCGUCGGCCUUGAGUUGUCUGCCCCUUCAGGGACUGUCGCUAGCGUACAGAUCUUUAUGAACGGAUACCAAUACGGAAAAUACAUUCCUCACAUUGGGCCACAGACACGUUUCCCCUUCCCACCUGGAAUCAUAAACAACCAAGGCAAGAAUACGCUUGCUUUGAGCGUUUGGGCCGAGACAGAUGCGGGCGGAAAGCUUGACAAUGUCUCAUUGUUUGCUUACAAUGUCUAUGAGACUUCGUUCGAUUUUGCACAGAACUGGACUUAUUUGCAGCCUGGGUGGACAAGCGAGAGACUACAAUACGCUUGA